UUCUCAAAAAGUCACCUCAAUUCACUAUCAUUUUUCAAUUAAAAAACGGUUAACAAAAACAAUCGUUACCCAAGAACAUGUGAAUAUAAUUGAAAUACUUUACCCCAACACCCAACUUGAACAAACGACAAAAAAAUUUCCAUUUCUUUCCCUUCAAGUUUCCCAUUUCUCUCCACAAAAUCUUUUCGUCGUUUAUUUCUUCAAAAACAUUCCUCCCACCUAAUCAUGCUCGUCACUGAAACUUAAACCCUAACCGUUUUCACUUCACUCUACUAUGGACGCGCGUCGAGGCUCACGCGCCGUCGUAGACCCUAAAAUUCGCAUGGUCGGUUUCUUCACUCCUCCCGCUCCGGUUCAAUUCGAGUUCUCUCCUUCCGCCAAUUCUCUCUCUCCGGUCAUGAUCCCUCCGCCGCUUCAUUCAUCGGAAAAUCUCGAACUCUGUUCUCAACCUUCCGUCGUCACUUCUCCUUCCUGCGAUGAAGCUAUUGCCGUCUCACGGAGCCUCAAUAGCUGCUCCGAAGAGAUGUUUCCUGCUUCGAUGUCUCUCUCUCCGUCUCCGGUGGCUUCUACAGUAGCUCGCGGUGGAUUGGACUCGACGACUGUGAAGAGCGGUGGCGGAAUUCCGAUGUGUAAUUUGACUACGGUUUCUGUGGUCAAUGCUGAUUCGUUUGCGAUUGACGAAAGAGAGAAGCCGAUCAAAGGAGGAGGAUCUGCAGUGGACGUUAAAGACGAAGCUGUGAAUUCAAAACAGAAGAAAGAUAAGUCCUCAAAAGCUGAAAGACGUGCUCUUCAAGAAGCUCAGCGAGCGGAAAAGGCUGCUGCAAAAGCUGAAGGAAAUACGGCAUCUAGAACUGCAACUUCAGCGAGUGUAAAAUCAGCUAAAGCUGCAAAGCCCCCACACAAAGCUGUUAAUACGUCUGCUGCAGCUUCUGAGAAAAAGGGUGGUGAUCGGCCAUCAGAGAAGGAUAGGAAAAAAGAUGUUCCUCACCCACGCCUGCAAUAUGAUGAUAAGAGCAGAGUAGAGAAAGCUAAACGCCGUGCUGUGGUAAACCAAACUGAAUCCAGGAACAGAGUUGAACUGUUUAGACAUUUGCCACAGUAUGAACAUGGGAGUCAGCUUCCUGAUCUUGAGGCAAAGUUUUUCCAGCUUGGUCCUGUGCAUCCAUCAGUUUAUAAGGUGGGUUUGCAGUAUCUUUCUGGAGAUAUAUCUGGUGGCAAUGCUCGUUGUAUUGCUAUGCUUCAAGCAUUCCAGGAUGCCAUCAAAGACUACACAGUUCCACUUGGGAAGACUCUAGUGAGAGACUUGACAGCAAAAAUUAGUAGCUAUGUUUCAUUUCUUAUUGAGUGUCGACCUCUUUCAGUCAGUAUGGGAAAUGCAAUUAGAUUUCUCAAAAGUCGAAUUUCACAGCUACCUCGAACACAGUCUGAGUCAGAAUCAAAAACUUCUCUUCAAUCAGAUAUUGAGCGUUUUAUAUAUGAGAAGAUUAUACUUGCUGACAAGAUGAUAGUAGAGCAUGCUGUCACAAAAAUAAGAGAUGGUGAUGUUCUUCUUACUUAUGGUUCAUCGUCAGCAGUUGAAAUGAUACUGUUACAUGCACAUAAAUUAGGGAAACAGUUUCGAGUUGUAGUAGUAGACUCUCGUCCAAGUCAUAGAGGGAAACUUCUGCUUCGUAGACUAGUGGAGGAAGGUCUUAGUUGUACAUACACUCAUAUCAAUGCUGUUUCCUACAUAAUGCAUGAGGUUACUCGAGUUUUUCUAGGCGCUUCAUCAGUGUUGUCUAAUGGAACAGUUUAUUCAGGAGUUGGAACUGCAUGUGUUGCAAUGAUCGCUCAUGAAUUCCAUGUCCCUGUUAUAGUUUGUUGUGAAGCUUUUAAAUUUCAUGAAAGGGUACAACUUGACUCAAUAUGCUCAAAUGAACUUGGUGAUCCAGAUCUCGUUUCAAAGGUUUCGGGUAGACGGGAUAUUAACCACUUGGAUGCUUGGGCCAAUACUGAAAAUCUGCAACUUCUAAAUCUGAUCUAUGAUGCCACACCUUCAGAUUAUGUUUCAAUGAUUGUCACAGAUUAUGGCAUGAUCCCCCCAACAAGUGUUCCUGUCGUUGUAAGGGAAUAUAACAGAGAACAUGCGUGGAUAUAAACUCAGCAAAUGCAGAUGAGUCUCAAUUUUGUGUGCAUGCGAAAUCCCUGUUUAGAAACCCGGAAGAAGCAAUAAAAUCUGUGAAUGUUGUUGUGUUCUUAUCUUUGAAUAAUUGAAGUGUAAUGUAAUAGGUGGGCCGCUUUGUACUUAAAUUUUGGAUAUUUGUCUGUAGUUUCCUGUCACAGUGAAGAGUGCGGAUCGUCGCCUCUCCAGGCAGAUUUUGGCCAUGCAGAGCUAUUUUUUUUCCA